AUGCCAGAGUCGCUCCGGAACCUCAGCAACGAGGAGCUCGCGGCUCUCAACAAGAAGCUGGUCCGCAAGCUCGACUGUGUCAUCCUCCCAAUCAUCGGCAUCCUCUACAUCCUCAACUACAUCGAUCGCCAGAACUUGGCUGCGGCGAAGUUGCAGGGAAUCAUGGAGGACCUCAACAUGACCACCCAGCAGUUUGCAACGGCCAUCUCGAUCCUCUUCGUCGGCUACCUUCCGUUCCAGAUCCCAUCAAACCUCUUGAUCGCAAGGAUAUCUCGACCAGGCCUUUACAUCUGCACGGCCGUGAUCGUCUGGGGAACCAUUUCUGCUGCAACGGCUGCGGUCAAAAGCUACGGUCAACUCCUCGCUGUGCGCGCCAUUUUGGGCGCGGCGGAAGCUGUAUUCUUUCCUGGCGCUGUGUUUUACCUGUCGUCCUGGUACAACAAGACAGAGCUUGGAAAGCGCAUCGCUGCUCUGUACAUUGCGCAACAAUUCGGCAACGCAUUUGGUGGCCUCUUCGCUGCUGGUGUGUUCAAGCUUGAUGGAAGCCACGGUAUCCGUGCAUGGCAAUGGCUUUUCAUCAUCGAAGGCUCUGCCACUGUCGGCAUUGGUGCAGUCUGCGCCCUCCUCAUGCCUGAGUUCCCACACAACAGCAAGUUCCUCAGCCCAAUCCAGCGCGACCUUGCAGUGUGGCGAAUCGAGUCCGAGUCCGGCCCAGCCGUGGGCAAGACGAAGAACGAGACGCUCAAAGGCUUCAAGAUGGCCAUCACCGACCCCAAGCUCCUGCUCCUCAUAUUCUGCAACCUUCUCUCUCAGGCGCAGGGCUCCAUCGCCAACUACUUCCCUACUCUUGUCGCAUCGCUCGGAUACAAAGGCACGACCAGUCUGCUGCUCACGGCUCCCCCUUACGUAUUGGCUGGCAUCGUCUACUACUGGCUCAUGUGGUUCUCUGACCGCAAGAACACGGCAUACCCGAUCAUUAUUGCUUGCAUCUUGACUGCAUGUGGAAUGUAUGUCAUCCCAAUGGCGACACUGAGCGUUGGCGCGAGGUACUUCUCAAUGAUGAUCCUUCCAUUUGCCUCGGUAGGUCCUCAACUAGUCUUGUACAAGACCAUCAACUUGCACCUGGCACGACCAACAGCCAAGCGUGCGGCAGCGUCGGCCCUUGUCAACGCCAUCGGUGGCACAUCCAACAUCUGGGCCUCAUACCUCUACUACGCACCGCCGCAAUUCUAUGCGGCUUUUGGCACUUUGAUGGGCUGCGCCUUUGUUUUCGCCCUCACCAUUACCUUCUAUGGAUGGCUCGUCCGCCGUGAGAACAAGCGCCUGGACUCGGGCGAUCCAGAUGAGAUCGCGAAGGUCAUUCGUGGAGGUGUGACAGAGGAGAUGGUCCGGCUCAACUGGCGGUAUGAGAUGUACUGA